AUGCUGGUCCGACAUCGCCAUCUCGUAGCCCGUGGAACACCCGUUCAACCACCUCCUCACCCCAUCGCCAUCCGAACAGAGCACAUCCCCAAAGAAAAAACAUUGAUUUACAUCCGGCCCAAAGCCGACCCCUACUCAGCAAACGACUACACGGUCAAAGAUGACGCCACAGAUGAAACCCUCUUCACAGUAACAGGCAAGAAAUACGGCAACGACUCUGGCCGCGAAUUCCGCGACUCAUCCGGCCUGCCUCUCUUUGAACUCCGUCGCUCUUAUCGAUUCCCUGGAUGGCGCACAAAAAUCAAUUUACCAGGCGACAAGGAAGAUCUGGUGGAGGUGAAACACAGGGCAAUGAAUGGCAACUUUGAUCUGAUAUUCAAGAAUCAGGCUGCGGUGCAUUCGAAAGCGGACAUCGACAAGAUUGUUAAGUUGGAAGUGCAUCGCACUGCGCCUGAUCCGCUGCUUAGCUUCGGGGCUGUUGUUGGUGAUACCAAGGUUGUUGAUGUGCGUGAGAGCUUGGAGAGCAAUAAGUCUAUUGUGCAUAUGUACACUCAGUAUGGAGAGCCACGGCCGAAACGAGUCAUGGAUGUGACCGUGGCAGAGGGGUUUGAUAUGGUGCUGGCAUCUUUGAUUUCGGUGAUGGCAGUAGACUCGGCCUGUCCUGUGGACAGAUUGGAGACAUGA